UUUCUUGGAACCAUCCCGGACCCACUCGGUCUCUCUCUCUCUCGCGUCGCUAGGUAUAUUGAACAAAACUCGCUUUGUCCGAUAGUCUCACCAAAUACACGCGACUCACCGACCUCUCUCUAUGCCGAUAAACUACAAGGACGGCGGCGGUGGCGGCGCUAGAGGUUGUUGAGAGAGAGAGAGAGAGAGUCUCAGAUGAAUCAUCGAUUCAUACGGUACAGAAAAUGUUGGCAAGAACCAAAUUGCAUCUGUUAAUUAUUACCCGUAUCAUUGAAAACAAAUCGCCAUGUCGAGACUUUUGACAAUUGGUAAUAUUAGGAGAGUUGCAAAUUUUGUUCGUUCAAACCAAAGGACCAUUUGUUCAGAAGGCAGGAAGUAUGGGACAGUAGCUUCUGCCAGGCUACAUUACCCCGAAUACAAAUUAUUCUCUCCAUAUAAUUUUCCUAGUAGGGGACAUGCUUCAUUCACAGCAUACAAAACCAAGGGUGGUUUUUGCGGGAGUGGUUUCUCCAGGAAUUUUUCUGCCAUCCCUGCAAGUAACACAGUAGCGCAUCAUGCCCAAGUUGCUUGGAGGAGAAUCUCACAGAAGUCUUCUCAAAAUAGCCAAGCUUUCUCAUCCAUAAGUAGGAUUGCUCAAGCAGUUAGCUUGGCCUUGAGCCGCUCUUACGUAGUUGUUCCUGGUUUAUUUGCCCUGACAUGUGGUAAUCUAGCAUUGGCACACGCAUCAGCCGAUGUGGACCCAUUCUACUCAAGGAAUACCUUGUACAUGCGUGCAGAAGAUGGGCAUGCCUUUCUGACCUCAUUAUUAUAUUCUGUGUUUGAAGCAGUGAUCUUGUUGCUAAGAACAUGUUAUUUGGCAAUUUUGUUCUCACCCUGCAUCGUAAUGGCCCCAUUUGCUGAUUGUUUUGGACUUCAGUUUAGAAAAGUAUGGCUUGAGGUUGUUCGUCAUACGCUUGAAAGAGCAGGUCCAGCAUUCAUAAAAUGGGGCCAGUGGGCAGCUACACGACCAGAUCUCUUCCCUACAGAUUUAUGCACUGAACUGGCAAAACUUCACACUAAAGCUCCUGAACACAGCUUUUCAUACACGAAAAAGACUAUUGAAAGAGCUUUUGGUCGUAAACUUUAUGAAAUUUUCGAUAAUUUUGAGGAGGCACCUGUAGCAUCUGGAAGUAUUGCUCAAGUCCAUCGAGCUUCUUUAAAGUAUCGAUACCACGGUCGACAGAUCAAGCCUAUUGUAGUUGCGGUAAAGGUUAGGCAUCCUGGUGUUGGCGAAUCAAUUAGAAGAGAUUUUGAGAUAAUUAAUAUAGUAGCCAAGUGUUCAAAGUUCAUUCCUACUCUGAAUUGGUUAAGAUUGGAUGAAAGUGUUCAGCAGUUUGCAGUUUUUAUGAUGUCUCAAGUUGAUCUUGCAAGGGAAGCUGCCCAUCUGAGCCGCUUUAUUUAUAAUUUUCGUGGAUGGAAGGAUGUUUCGUUUCCAAAGCCCGUUUAUCCACUUGUGCAUCCUGCCGUUUUGGUUGAAACUUUUGAGCAAGGGGAAAGUGUGGCGCACUAUGUUGAUGAGCUUGAAGGACAUGCUCAGAUUAAAAGCAUACUUGCACACAUUGGGACUCAUGCACUUCUAAAGAUGCUUCUGGUGGACAACUUUAUUCAUGCAGAUAUGCAUCCUGGAAAUAUCCUUGUUCGGGUUGGUCAAGGCAAGUCUUCUCGGAAACGGCUCUUUAAAUCUAAGCCUCAUGUCAUCUUCCUUGAUGUAGGCAUGACUGCUGAACUUUCUGAGAGUGACAGAGUGAAUUUGCUGGAAUUCUUUAAGGCUGUUGCGCGUAGAGAUGGUCGCACAGCAGCAGAGUGCACACUCAGCUUAUCUAAACAACAAAACUGCCCUAAUCCGGAGGCCUACAUUAAGGACAUGAAAGAGUCAUUUGAUUUCUGGGGUACUCCAGAAGGUGAUGUGGUCCAUCCUGCUGAGUGCAUGCAGCAAGUACUCGAGAAAGUUAGGCAUCAUAGAGUUAAUAUUGACGGCAAUGUCUGCACUGUGAUGGUUACGACUUUGGUUCUUGAGGGUUGGCAACGGAAGCUUGAUCCGGACUAUGAUGUGAUGCACACUCUACAAACACUGCUUCUCAAAGCCGACUGGGCUAAGUCACUCUCGUAUACGAUUGAAGGUCUUAUGGCCCCCUAAAAAGCUUUUGUCUGUUGCUGUUUCUCCAUAACAAUUUUGACAUUGUAAAACACAAAACUGGAUAUUAUUCUUGAGAAAUUAACUCUGAGGCGUCUCUUAGGCUGCUCUGACUCAUUAUUUUGUGCCUUUCUAUUAGUUUUACGAGGAAAAUCUUGUAUUUAGUAUUUCAUUUCCCCACAAGAAAUUAUUAGCCUUCCUCCGAGAAGUGAAAAGUAGGAGCAACAAAAGAAAUAAAUGAGGUGAAUUUUGUUUGAUUUUCUUUUUUUGUUGAAUUUCAGUUAAUUUUCUUCUCCCAUUGAAGACUGGUAAAUUUGAUUAUUUGUGGAUAUGUUAAUUAAAUGUUUUGGUUGA